CUCAAGAAUCCUAAUCCUCUCUUCAGAUUUCCCUCAGAGAAUGCGUGGAAGAUAGCACAGUGAACGGGAACCGCAUUUCUCCAACUCCUUUUCCGGGAAAAUUUUCCAGGGUUCCCGGGGAGUUUAUAUAAUCACUCGCAUGCCACCCGGAAAAUCUCGAACAAAACCCUGAAAUGCAAUCAUCGCAUCGCUUCUUCUCUCGCCUUCUUCAAUCCCCGGGGAAGUGUUGCAGCAGAACAAGUGUCGUCAACGCUGGAGUUUUUGUCCAGUCACUGUCUCGAAUCGACCAAGGCCAUGGACUCCUUGAGACCCAUCAAAUUUUGGGUAUUCCUCUUCGUUCGUAUUCGCAGUCGAGAGGGUUUUUCUCCAGGAAUUGCUCAGUUGGGGGUUUAACCGUGCGAGCUUCUGUUUCGUUCGAAAGGGACGACAAUCUCCGGAUUGAUCCGUAUUCGUCUCACCGGAAUUUCUUCACUCGAGCGAAACAAGUGAAGCGAAUUGAGGUCAAUGAUGAACACAGUCAACGGGCUGUGACUACUGCAUUGUGGUGCAACUUCCUCGUCUUUUCGCUUAAGUUUGGGGUUUGGUGGUCGACUUCUAGCCAUGUCAUGUUGGCUGAAGUUGUUCACUCAGUUGCCGAUUUCGCUAAUCAGGCACUUCUUGCUUAUGGCCUCAGUAGCUCAAGACGUGCCCCAGAUGCCAUUCAUCCCUAUGGUUACUCAAAAGAAAGAUUUGUAUGGUCCUUGAUAUCUGCUGUUGGCAUCUUUUGCCUUGGCUCUGGUGCUACCAUCGUUAAUGGAGUGCAGAACUUGUGGACUUCAGAGCCAGCACCAAAUAUGGAGUACGCCGCUUUGGUAAUAGGAGGUUCAUUUAUAAUUGAAGGUGCUUCACUUAUCGUUGCUAUACAAGCCGUCAGAAAAGGAGCGGCUGCAGAAGGUAUGACUAUUAGAGAUUACAUAUGGCGUGGCCAUGAUCCUACCUCCGUUGCUGUUAUGACAGAGGACGGUGCUGCAGUGACUGGUCUCGCGAUUGCAGCUGCGUCUCUUGUGGCUGUUAAGACGACGGGAAAUCCUAUUUACGACCCUGUCGGAUCUAUUUUAGUUGGGAAUUUACUUGGAAUGGUGGCUAUAUUUCUCAUUCAGCGGAACCGGCAUGCCCUGAUCGGGAGAGCAAUGGAUGAUCAUGACAUGCGUAAAGUUCUUCAUUUCUUAAAGAACGAUCCGGUUGUAGAUGCUUUGUACGAUUGCAAAAGUGAAGUGAUUGGACCUGGUUCCUUUAGAUUUAAAGCGGAAAUAGAUUUCAACGGAGAGGUCGUUGUCCAAAACUAUCUGAAGAGAACUGGCCGCGAAGAGUGGGCAAGACAGUUCCGCGAGGCUGCAAAGAAAGGAGACGAAUCUGCACUGCUCAAGAUAAUGUCAAACUAUGGGGAGGAGGUGGUUACAGCUUUGGGAAGUGAAGUUGACAGGCUAGAGAAAGAGAUACAAGAACUUGUUCCGGGAAUUCAGCACGUAGACAUUGAGGCUCACAAUCCUGUAGAUCCAUCUCUAUGAUCUCCCUUCACUCUCUCGUUGUAUGAGAUUGGUUUUGUUUUUUUUUUCUGUCUGAAAAAGAAAGCAACGAUAGGAUUUCAUAACACAUGAACAAAUCAUUCUCUUCAAGAAUCUAUAUAUAUGUAUAUGAAGAGCAAUUUCUUUCUCUUGCGUGGUUGAUUUUCCCGGUGAA